UUUCCGUGCUCUAUGGAGAGUGUCAUGUGGGAUCAUUUUAGGGGCUUGUAUGGCCGUGUCCUGGGCGUGGGGUACUCACAGUGCUAAAGAGACUCUGACAAGACAUCCAACCCCAUUCUUCAUCAUUUGGUUCUGUAGCAUCUGGAAUAUUCUCUUUUUUCCACUCUACUAUCUGUGUCAUCUACUCACAGAGAAACAGAAACAGUUGCCAACCACCGAGUUAAGAAAGUGUAGCCGGUUCCUUGGUGAAGAUUUGACUGUGAGGGUGCUUCUGAGAGUAGCAGCUCCAUUCUCUGUGCUUUGGAGUUUAUCUGGUUACUUGUAUUUGCUGGCACUUUGCCGCAUCUCUAAAGUGGAUGUAAGUGCCAUUCUCUGCUGCAGUCAGGCUUUUAUUUUCCUGCUUUCAUGGAUCGGACUCAAGGAUCGCUUCAUGGGUGUCAGGAUAGUGGCUGCCAUCCUUUCCAUCACUGGCAUUGUUAUGAUGGCUUAUGCGGAUGGUUUCCAUAGCGACUCGAUCACAGGAGUGGCACUGGGAGUUGGCUCAGCUUCAACCUCUGCUUUUUUCAAGGUGCUUUUCAGAAAGUGUGUAGGGAAUGUCCAGCCGGGCCCUGCCAGUGUGUUGCUAUCCUGUGUGGGUCUGUGUAGCUUUGUCCUACACUCCUGGGUGUGUGUAUUGCUUUAUUUCACUCAUGUGGAAUACUGGCCUCCUUCUCAGCACAUUCCCUGGGAUAAACUCUGUGUCAUGGCUUCUCUACUGCUUGUUUUCAAUGUACUGGUCAAUUUGGGAAGAAUGUUUACGUAUCCCAGUCUAAUUUCAUUGGGAAUUCUCUUGACCAUUCCAGCAAGUGCAGCUGUAGAUACAUUUUUGACUGUAGCUUUGCAAAUCAGCCAUGUGCGAGUGGCAGCAGCCAGCAUCAUUUCAGCAGGAUAUCUCAUGCUGCAGCUCCCAGAGAACUGGGACGAGAGCAGUCUGCGCUGGCUCAGCGCACUGUGGCAUGGAAACUGGAGAGAGGACAGUAUAGUUGGAGAGGAGACUGUGGUGGAGUCUGGCGGCACUGCACGAGCAAAACCAAAACCAGCUGUAGUGGCAUUCACCUAAGCCUUUUAUAAGCCAGAUUAAUUUGUAUUGAAUGUUGUUGUUAUAUUAUUCCGAUAAACUCUGUUGUGAGUUUCUGUAAUUUUAAAUUACAAAGUUUUUUUCCUGGGCUAAUCAUUGAACAUGUGGUAGAUACUGAAAAUAGAUUGUAAUAAUAAAGGCGAAACAUGUUUUCUUUAUAAUAAUUAGUUUGACAUAGUUUGACCAACUCAUUAAGACUAUAAAUUUCUACAUAACCCAUGAAUAAUUAAUGUUUAUGGAAAUUAUAUAAAAGGCAAUAAAAUUUGUAAAUCUUUCCAUAAAGCGUAGGAGGUUUCAUUUAAGCUACAUUUAUCACGGUAUAUCAUUAAAUAUCUGGAGAGGAAAAUGUUUUUCUUGCAUAGAAAUAACCAUACAUUUAGUAAUAGGCCUACUUCCCAACUAACAAUUUUUGCUUCCCAGAACAGAGAUUUAAGGUUCUUUUUUAAUGGAAAUAUAAUGUUUGUAUAAAUGAAAAUAUUGUGGGUUAAAAACAAGUUAAGCUCUGUUGACACCAUUUGUGGCAUAAUGGCGAUUACCGCAUAAAUUAAUUUUGACUAGUCCCUCCUUUUCUUAAAAAAGAGAGCAAAAAUCAAGGUUACAGAGAGGCACUUACAAUGAAAGUUA